GAACUCUCACUAGACGUCUAGUCUAUCUGUUGGGGUGCACACGGAUUGACCACUCCUUUGGCCUUUAUUUCCGUGGAUAUUUGGAGAAAAGCUUAUUCGCAAACAUGACUGAUGCGCAACAGGAGGCCCGCUCAUACUUGAGCGAGGAGAUGCUUAACGAAUUCAAGGCUGCUUUUGACAUGUUCGACACUGACGGUGGCGGUGAUAUCAGCACCAAGGAGUUGGGUCAGGUGAUGAGGAUGUUGGGCCAGAAUCCGACAAGAGAGGAGUUGGAUGAAAUCAUUGAGGAGGUCGAUGAGGAUGGCAGCGGCACCAUCGACUUCGAGGAGUUCUUGGUCAUGAUGGUGAGGCUCCUAAAGGAGGACCAGGCCGGCAAAUCCGAGGAAGAGUUGGCUGAAUGCUUCCGUGUGUUCGACAAGAAUGCCGACGGCUACAUCGACAGAGAGGAGUUCGCAAUCAUCAUCCGCAGCACCGGCGAGCAAAUCUCCGAGGAGGAGAUUGAUGAACUGCUAAAGGAUGGAGACAAGAACGCUGAUGGCAUGCUGGACUUUGACGAAUUCCUCAAGAUGAUGGAAAAUGUGCAGUAAAACAGAGACUCAUGGACAUUCCUCCUUCCUUUAAACCCCCUGCUGGCCUAUAUCUGAUACUCUAUUGACCCACUCCAACACUCCCUCCCCCUUAUCUGGUCGAUUGCCUCUGUUCAUUCACACUGAUUCAACUAGACCUCUUCAACAGACCGGCACCUGGUGGGGGUUACCAGGGCUUUAGGGCCCUUCAUGCUUGUGAUUAUGAUGGCGCAUUGACGCCAGGCUGCUGCUGUUCCACAAAAUCAAAAGAGCAAGGCCGAGAUGUGAAAUCUGUUGCAAUGCCACAGAAUGGUUGAGUGCAUCACAGGCACUUACCACCUCAACAACCUCAAGUUGGGAGUUCUGUCUAGAUGUAGUCUUGAAUAGGCAGCUUGUGAUUGCAGUUUAGACCAAUGCCAACUUAAACCCCCUUCACUGUAAUAACAAAGUAUUGCUUGAACGGAGAUAAUAAAUGAAUAAACACAAUGCUCACUA